GGGCGUCAACUCAAGCGGUAGUUGCCAAACCAAUGUUUUCCCUCUGCUACGGGAAACAAGUAAUGAAGCCGCUGAAUUGAAUUGGUUGCCAACCGAAUUUAUAUUCUCACUUCAACAAUGUCAACAAUCCCUGCUUCUCUCUCAACUUGCUCUUGCUGAUCAUAUUCAAUUGCGUUAACCACAAUGUCAACCCACCCAGUUCAUUGACUCCAAGUGAAAAUUCAUUUAAAAGGAAUAAUCGCAGACGCGCCGGCCGGUUUAGCCAUGGAGUUUUUCAAUAAGGCGAGAGCCUUGCGACUGCGAAGCCACCUUGGCAAGUACCUGGUGGCCAAUGAAGACGAAGAAACUGUCCGGCAAAGCCGAUCAGAGGGGUCAUUCCGAAAAGCUCGAUGGGCGGUUGAGGUCGUGGAAGGGCAGAACCACGUUGUCCGUCUCAAGAGCUGCCAUGGCCGAUACCUCACAGCCUCCGACGAACCCUUUCUUCUCGGCUUGACCGGAAAAAAGGUCGUCCUGUCUAUCCCAGAAACCAAGAUGGACACUUCCAUCGACUGGGAGCCUAUAAAACAAGGGUCUUUUGUGAAGCUGAGGGCCAAGGCGUCUGGUAAGUACUUCUUGCGAGCUAAUGGAGGCACGCCACCGUGGAGAAACUCUGUGACUCAUGAUCUUCCUCAUAGAACUACAACCCAGGACUGGAUUUUGUGGGAAGUGGACGUGGUGGAUAUAUCUCUAAUGAAAUACGAGUCCUUGCCCGGUGCAGGUGAUGUAUCGCCGGCAUCGAGCUUUUCUUCAUUGCCGGCGGAAGUUACUGCAGACAGCAGAGCUGGCUCAUCGCCGACCUCGGCUAGACGAUCGCGACCGGGAAAUUUGAGGCUUGCUUCGCCGACAGAUGAUUUUUCGGGCUCCAAUGGCCGCCCAUUGUCAAUGGUCUCCAACGGAUUUGAUCCAUCUGGAUAUGGAAGCCAGAGUGCAAUGGAGUUUUUCGACAAAGCUAAAUCUGUUAGACUGCAAAGCCACUUGGGCAAGUACCUGGUGGCCGACGAAGAUGAAGAAACCGUCCGGCAAAGCCGCCGCGGCUCCUCACACCGAGCGCGGUGGACGGUGGAGUAUGUGGAAGGAAAGAACCAUGUCAUCCGUCUAAAGAGCUGCCACGGCGGCUACCUCACCGCCUCCAGCGAGCCGUUCCUUCUCGGCAUGACGGGCAAGAAGGUUCUCCAAACUGUUCCGACAAGAAAGAUGGACUCUUCCGUCGAAUGGGAGCCUAUAAGAGAAGGGUUUCAUGUGAAGCUUCGGAGCCACGAAGGAAAAUUCCUGCGAGCGAAUGGAGGCACGCCGCCAUGGAAAAACUCAGUAACUCAUGAUAUUCCUCAUAGAACUGCGACUCAGGGGUGGGUUCUGUGGGGAGUGGAUAUUUUGGAUAUCUCAGUGUCGGACUCGGCCGAUUCAUUAUCAAACGUAUCAACUGCGUCGAGUUUUUGUUCAUCUGUGGAGGAUGAUUUCGCAGGCUCUCCGGACACCGGAUUGCCGGUGAUUGUCGCGGGCAGGUCUUUGAACCAUGCCUCUGGAAGACAGAGCGGAAUGGAACUGUUCCGGCGAGCCAAAAGCGUCCGGCUUCGGAGCUACCACGACAAGUACCUAUUGGCGGAGGACGACGAAGAAUCGGUGUACCAAGAUCGCUGCGGCACCGUCAAGAUGGCGAAGUGGACCGUCGAGUUCGUCGACGGCAUCGCGAAUGUCAUUCGAUUGAAGAGCUGUUACGGCAAAUACCUCACCGCCACCGACGAGCAGUACCUUCUCGGCGUCACCGGCCGGAAGGUCACCCAAUCGCUGCCCAGAAAACUGGAUUCCAAGGUCGAAUGGGAGCCCGUUCGAGAAGGCGAUCAGGUGCGGCUCAAGACUCGUUAUGGCAACUACCUGCGCGCAAAUGGCGGGUUGCCGCCGUGGCGAAAUUCGAUCACCCACGACAUCCCUCACCGCCACACUGGCUGGGUUCUGUGGCAAGUCGAUAUUGUCGAGCUUCUCCCGGAUGAUGAGCCACCUCCCUUUAAAGCCGUGCAGCCGCCGCCGCCGCCAGGAUGGCCCGACUCUGCGCCUUACGCAGAACUUAACUCGGCGGCUUCCUUCAAUCUUAGGACCUCCAGGCUCUCAAAAUUUAAGCCAAAUGAUUCGUCUGAAGGGCGGAUUAUAUACUACGGAGUGGCGGAUGAUGAUGGGAAAAAAGAGCAGGUGAGGGCAGAGCCUUCUUUCAAUUUUAAGGGGCAUGGAUUGGAGGAAUUGACUGAAAAGUUGGAGGAGGAAACGGGGCUGCAGGAUGUAAUCGUGUGUUCGCGCAAUCCAUUGAAUGGAAACCUCUAUCCGCUUCGACUAGAUCUUCCACCAAACAAUGCAGAUAUGCAUAUUGUUGUGGUUCCAGCUUCGUCAAAAGUGGCAAGACAAUUUGCACCGGAGACUCCAGCUCUCCAUGGCUUGGGUGAAUAGCAACUAUGUACAUUACACGCUUCGCUUGUUCUGUGCAUUUGGUCCAAAACUUGCUUGCACCAGCAGCAGAUGCAAAGCCGAGUGAAACUACCCCCAUUAAACUGUGUUCAAUCGCUUGAUCCGAGGAGAAAAGAAUAUGACUGUUUUCGUGGACGGUAGUUGCUCUAGCUAAGCAAGGAUGGUAUAUUGUUCUCAUCCAAGAAGUCAUACUGUACUUUUGUCAGAAUUUGGUAAAUUUUUGUGAGCAAUCUCUACUUUGGCAAUUAAUUUUUCUCCUUUUGGAGUUUUCUCUUUGAGUUGAUUCUUCUAUCAUUAUUAAGAUUGGCCUUCAUUUGUCAAAUUGUUCCGGCUGUAUUGGAAUAUGCUUUUCCUAUAUUAAACUUCUUGUUACUGCACAUCUGUAAUCUGUUCUCCGUACAAAUGUAUUUAUGUAUGCUACAAGGAAAAAUCACUCCGUAUCCACUAGUUUGCUAUGA